CCGGCGCUUCCGGUGCUCCGCCCCACGCUGGCCUGGGCGGCUGGCAGAGCGGCCGCAUGCGCAGCCGGCUGGGCUUCGGGUAGCCCGCGUACCUCGCACACGGGCCUGCGAGCGGCUUGGGCGCGACCGGAAGCGGCAGCAUGCUAAUCCCAUUUUCCAUGAAGAAUUGCUUCCAGUUACUUUGUAAUCUCAAGGCCCCAGCAGCUGGCUUUAAAAACACAGUUAAAAGUGGACUCAUUUUACAGUCGAUAUCCAAUGACGUUUACCACAAUCUGGCUGUAGAAGACUGGAUCCACGACCAUAUGAAUUUAGAAGGCAAGCCAGUCCUUUUCUUGUGGAGGAAUUCUCCCACUGUGGUAAUUGGUCGGCAUCAGAACCCUUGGCAGGAAUGUAACCUGAAUCUGAUGAGAGAAGAAGGUGUGAAACUGGCUCGGAGGAGAAGUGGAGGAGGGACAGUCUACCAUGAUAUGGGUAACAUCAACUUGACUUUUUUUACAACCAAGAAAAAGUAUGAUAGGAUGGAGAAUCUAAAAUUAGUUGUGAGAGCCUUGAAGGCUGUCCACCCACACCUGGACGUGCAGGCUACUGAAAGAUUUGACCUUUUACUUGAUGGACAGUUUAAAAUCUCAGGAACAGCUUCCAAGAUUGGCCACAAUGCAGCUUAUCACCACUGCACUUUGCUAUGCGGUACUGACGGGACCUUCUUAUCAUCUUUGCUGAAGAGCCCUUACCAAGGGAUCAGGAGCAAUGCCACUGCCAGCACACCUGCCUUAGUGAAAAACCUUAUGGAAAAAGAUCCCACUCUGACCUGUGAAGUAGUGAUAAAUGCUGUUGCCACAGAGUAUGCUACUUCUCAUCAAAUCGAUAAUCACAUUCACCUAAUAAACCCAACAGACGAGACAGUGUUUCCUGGAAUAAACAGCAAAGCCAUAGAACUACAGACCUGGGAAUGGAUAUAUGGCAAAACUCCGAAGUUCAGUGUAGAUACUUCCUUCACUGUGUUACAUGAACAGUCACACGUGGACAUUAAAGUAUUCAUAGAUGUCAAGAAUGGGAGAAUUGAAGUCUGUAAUAUUGAAGCACCUGAUCAUUGGUUGCCACUGGAAAUAUGUGACCAGUUAAAUUCAAGUCUUAUUGGUAGUAAGUUUUCCCCAAUUGAAACGACAGUGCUAACAAGUAUAUUACAUAGAACAUACCCAGGGGAUGAUGAGCUACACAGUAAAUGGAAUAUUCUGUGUGAAAAAAUUAAGGGAAUAAUGUGAUUCCAAGUAAAUUUCUUAACGUUGACAGUUUUGAUGAGAAAAUUAAAAUGUUUACAGUGCAUUUUUUUAAAAACUUCA